UCUUCAAUCAUGUCUCUCCAACUUCUCAUCUCAUCUCUCUUGAUUUUCUCCUUUGCUCUGCAAUCUAAAGGUGAACACUCGGCCCAUUCCCAUACCCAAUCGGUGCUCGAUACUGAUGGCAAUGAGCUUCGAGCAGGCGAACCCUACUACAUCGUCUCAGCCUAUCGAAGGGGCCGUGGAGGUGGUGUCUCAUUCGACCGUGUCGAGAGCUCUCGCAAGGCCAUGGUUAAUCAACAUGCUUCAGACAAGAACUUUGGUACACCAGUAAUGUUUUUCCCAGCAUCAAAUUCACAAGAAAAGGAGGAUCUAGAGAGGGUACUCAGAGAGACCUCUAGAAGUCCAUCCCCGGCACGAGAGAGAAUUAUCCGGGAAUCAACUGACUUGAACAUUAGGUUCUCUGAGAUGCCGGUUGUUUGGCAGGUCGGAGAAUCAAAGCAAUCAUCAUCGUCUCCAAGCCAGAUGAGGCAUGUAAUGCUUGGAGGUCAACCAGGUCACCCUGGCUCCUCAACCGUGAGGAAUUGGUUCAAGAUUGAGAGCAUGAGCAGAUCUAGCCCCGAGUACCGGCUAACUUACUGCCCUAACGUGUGCGAGUCAUGCCAAGUUAUGUGUGGGAACAUCGGUGUAACGAUGGAGAGUGGGAAGAGGUGGCUUUCUGUUUCUCAGAAUAGGGAGUUUCCCUUUGUGUUUGUGAAGGCCAACCGUAGUUAGAAAACUGAAGAAGUGCAUGGAAGGGAAAUAAUGAAAAUAAGGGGCAAUGUCCAACUUGUGUUGGGGGUUCUUGUAACCUUACAGUGCCAUGCUUCACAAUUUUGU